AACCAAAAAUAAAGCUUGCAGUUUUUUCUGCUAUGAAUAUACAUUAGAGAGAAAUUAAACCUUUUUCAUAUUAAAUCAAAUCACGGACAGAAAAAUAAACAGUCGGAUUCUCAAUAAUUCUGUCAGAAUUGACAAGUGCUUGAAUAAUUUUAUAGCGUUUUUAUACUUCUUUGUGUUUUAAACAAGCGGAAAGCAAGAGCUAUGGAAAUUGCUCAAAAUUAUAUGGGCUCUCAUGCAACUGAGACCAUGAUCAGGAUCAAUGAAAACGCAAACGUAGUUGGAACCAUCAUUGUAAAUUGCGAAGGGUUCCCAGAGACCACGACACUGGACAGCUUGACGGCGGCCACCUACUCCACGCACAUGCGGAGUCUAUCGAGCUACGCGCAGAACGCCAUCAAGGAAGUAGACGUGCUGGACGAUCUAGUGGUCCUGAGAAUGGUCUCCAAGAAGUCGGAGGCGGUCGUAGUGCCCGACGACGAGUUCCACAUUAUCGUCGUCAUGAGGAAAUCAUAACAAGCGUCCCUUAGGAGCCAAGGUGCCAAUUCAAAAUAAACCUUGAAGUUUAAAUUUAAAAUUGAAGUGCUAGCUAGUGAAAGCUUCUUAGCCACUUUCAUUUCAAUAACUCUGGCUUACUAGUUGGUAUAGAAAGCUUAGGGU